AUGGUUGCCUACAAGAGUAUUGCUUUGUUGGCUUUAACCUUUACAAUUGCUACGGUUGAGUCGUUAUCAAUUGUAGGUGCUCGUUCCUACAUUGAUAAAGCAAUGUCAGUGUUUGACAUUAAGACUCCUAAUUCAAGAAUUGAACAACCUGAACUUAUUUUGACGUUUGCUGGUCCCGAUGAUAAGCCUGUUCCUGGAGAUUCUCCUAUCGUUCAAUGUGAAGCAUCCGAACCACAGCUUUUGAACUUGCAAAGCGUAGUUAUCGACCCAAAUCCUCCACUUAGAGGACAAAAUUUGACCUUCGUGGCAAAGGGAGUCUUGUCUCAAGAUAUUGAAGAGGGUGCAUACGUUGAAGUAGAUGUUAGAUAUGGUUUCAUUAAAUUGCUCCACCAAACGUUCGACUUAUGCGAGGAAAUCACUAAGAUUGACAUGGAAUGUCCUAUUUCAAAAGGUCAGCAAGUAAUUGAAAAGAGGGUCGAAAUUCCAGCUGAAGUUCCUCCUGGAAAAUACAUUGUAAAUGCUAGAGCCUACACUAAGGAUGAUAUCUUUAUCACCUGCUUAUCAGCCAUGGUUGAAUUCCCACCAGUUUGA